UCUGCCUCUGGGGUUAUAAAGCAGGGGCAGGGAGAGAGUGAUCAAAGCAGUUUGCCAUGGGCAGCAUCGCUGGGAAAAUGCAGGCUGUGCUCCUUUUGUUGGUCUUUCUCGUGCCUCCUGAAGCUGCAGCUGAGGAGAUUAUCGGUGGCACUGAAUCCAAGCCACACUCCCGCCCCUACAUGGCCCAUCUGAAAAUCAUCACCAAGCAGGGCACUUUUGCCUACUGUGGUGGGUUUCUCAUAAGCAGAGAAUUUGUGAUGACAGCUGCUCAUUGUAAAGGAAGGCACAUUACUGUCACUCUUGGAGCUCAUGAUGUGGUGAAGAAAGAAUCCACAUGGCAGAAGAUAGAUGUUGUCAAACAAUUCGUUCACCCCAAUUACAACUCUUACACCAAACUCAACGACAUCAUGUUACUGAAGUUACGAUGGCCCGCCAUGCUGACCUUCGCUGUGGGGACAGUUCCCCUGCCUUCCCGGAGAACCUUUAGCCUGCCUGGAACAAUAUGCCAGGCAGCUGGCUGGGGACAAACAGGAGUGACAGAUCCACUGUCCAAUACCCUAAGGGAGGUGAAUCUGAGACUCAUGGAUGACGAGGUCUGCAACCACUUCCUAUUUUAUGACCAUGGACUCCAAAUGUGUGUGGGAGAUCCCAGGAUGGCAGGAUCUGCAUUCAAGGGGGAUUCUGGAGGCCCACUUCUGUGUGCGGGGGUAGCCCAAGGUAUUGUGUCUUAUACAAAUCAAAAUGCACAGCCUACUGUCAUCUUCACCCAAAUCUUCUCAUAUAUGCCCUGGAUUAAAAAAGUGCUAAAGGGGCAAGUAGCUACAGAAGCCUGGCCAGCCUGAGGGAGAUUCCCCGAGCCAGGGCUCACUGUGCAUAUUCUCUGGAUGGCAUGGUGCAGCCCGAGCCCAGGGAGGUUCUCAGAGGCACACAAUCCUCAGCUGAUUGCUCCCCAGUGACCCUCAAUAAAGAUGCAGCCUCCAGCCUUUGUGUGACUCCCCUCUGUGCUCACUUCCCCUGAGCUGCUCCACUCCCCUCAUCCUUAUCCUACCCUCUGCCUCGAACAAAGAUUGUACUGGGCUCCUUUCUUGACAGAUUGAUAAUCUGGUCACUGGCCGGCACCGCAGCUCACUUGACUAAUCCUCCACCUUGCGGUGCCGGCACACCGGGUUCUAGUCCUGGUUGGGGCGCUGGAUUCUGUCCCGGUUGCUCCUCUUCCAGUCCAGCUCUCUGCUGUGGCCUGGGAGUGCAGUGGAGGAUGGCCCAAGUGCUUGGGCCCUGCACCCGCAUGGGAGACCAGGAGGAGGCACCUGGCUCCUGGCUUCGGAUCGGCACAGCGUGCCAGCCGUAGCGGCCAUUUGGGGGGUGAACCAAUGGAGGGAAGACCUUUCUCUCUGUCUCUCUCUCUCACUGUCUAACUCUGCCUGUCAAAAAAAAAUAAUAAUAAUCUGGUCACUAGUUUGCCUGUGUACUGUUUGAUGUUAUAGAUUAUUAAAGAAAAUAUUUAGAAUUUAAUACUCAGCCUAGGAGCCAGCUUUGUGGCAUGGUGGGUUAAGCCUCACUACAAUGCCAGCAUUCCAUAUGAAUGCCAGUUUGAGUCCCAGCUGCUCCACUUCUGAUCCAGCUCCCUGCUGACGCACCUGGAAAAGCAGCUGAAUAUGGCCCAAGAACUUGAGGCCCUGAAACCCACAUGGGAGAUCCAGAUGGCGUUUCAGGUUUCUGGCCCAGCCCUGGCCACUGCAGCCAUUUAGGGAAUGAACCAGUGAAUGAAAGAUUGUGCUCUCUCUCCCCACCACCCUCCUAACUCUGCCUUACAAAUAAACAAAAUAAUUAAAAAAAAAAAAAAAAAAAAAAAAAAAAAAAAAAAAAAAAAAAAAACA